AAAUAUGUAAACUGCCCAACUGUCUCAUCCCGAUAUCAAUGGGUGUUUUUAUCUCGUUUUUUUAAUAUAUAUAUAUCACACUCCCUAUCUGAUCUUCUGCUCCAGUGAUGACUUCACAAAGUGGCCACGCAGGGCUGCAGAUCACAUAACAGGAGGAAAGGCCUGGCUACCACCAACAAAUCCACCCUGGACGCUGCGCUGCGGCUUAUUCCUGCAGAGAGGAGAACUGUGGUCUAAUUAGGCUUAUGGCACAUUUGAGGAAUGGUUUUCUCUUCUUCGAGACGACCGUGGACAAGUGCUAUUCGUUUGGCGAUUACUCUGUUUGGACUCCCGUUGACUGCCUCCACACCUGGCGCCAGACCUGCGGUUCUUUGCUCAUCCCAUCAUCUUGACAGAGCCAGUAAACAUAUUAAACCUGUUUGUGGGGACUAUUACACCAGCAGUAUCGGGACCAUGUUCUCCCCAGCAGGUCCUCAUGUAAAAUCCAGAUGUCCACAGUAUCCAGAGUCCACCAUCAAGCGCUUCACUGUACCUGACGACAAGGUGGACUGGAACCAGGAGUGGCCCCAGUAUAGCCCGGUAGAGCACACUGCUCCAGCUGUUUUAAAGAAGCCAGUCUGGGCUGAUCCCGAUAUUGGUUCCUUCUCUCCAAAGUUCAAUGCUUAUGACGGUCCUGUGGACAGGUCGAGCUUUGAGGGAAAAUACAAAGUGGAAAAUGAGAGGCCAUUAAACCCUCGUGGACGCACUGGUUUGACUGGACGAGGUUUGCUUGGACGAUGGGGACCCAAUCAUGCUGCAGACCCUAUAGUCACAAGGUGGAAGGUCGAUGCCAGCGGAAAAAAGAUUCAUCACUCGGCCUCCAAAAAGCCUAUCCUGCAGUUUGUGUCCAUCCAGAGGAAAGACUGUGGGGAGUGGGCCAUUCCAGGUGGAAUGGUGGACCCAGGGGAACAGAUUUCCCACACGAUGCAGCGGGAGUUCUCCGAGGAAGCCCUUAAUUUGCUUUCGUUAAAGCAGUCAGAGAAGGAAGACAUCCUCAAUCGCAUCCAAAAACUCUUCGAGGUUGGAGGGGUCGGGAUUUAUAAAGGUUAUGUUGAUGAUCCAAGAAACACCGACAACGCCUGGAUGGAGACGGUCGCCGUCAACUUCCACGAUGAAGCGGGCAACAGUGUGAGCGAGCUGCCUCUGCAGGCUGGCGAUGACGCAGGACACGUCCAGUGGGUGGACGUGGACUCGUCCUUCAGCCUCUAUGCGAGCCACUCCCACUUCUUGGAGCUGGUUGCCAGAGAGCGGAAGGCCCACUGGUAAUCAGGAGACAAAAGGCUGCUCUGAUGAUGAGGCAAAGCAGAGCCUGAAGAGCUCUCGUCCUUUCAGCACGCAUGACCCCUCAUGGGAGUGUUCCCACUAAUUCAUUAAUGAUAUUCUGACCUAAUAUUGGAAAACAUAAAGUGCAUUUAACCAGUUAGCAUGAUAAAGCAAAAUCGAAGAAAAGAAAAAAAAGCAAAAGAAGUAAUGUAACUUCUUUUGCAUAAGUAAACUCUAUAAAGAUUAUGUACAUCUAUGAUAAAGCUAUAAUUUUAGUGCUUUUUUGAUUCAUUUGAUGAAACGGCUCCACAAAGGUUUUAAAGUGUGACUUUGUAUGUUGCCAUAUUUAUUGAAUCCCCUCAAAAAUUCAGCAUUGCACCUAACGUGGGUAUAUUCACCAUUCAAGCUCUUCCAUGUGACUAUAGGGCAAGGGAAAAUAAACAUUGAUUAGUAUUAAAAUCAAAGUCUUAACAAGUGUGGUGUGCAUUUCUGCAGGGUCUUAAACUGUCUCACAUUUUUAGACCCUAAAAACUCUUUAAUAUACCAAGAUCUUCAAUAUUACCUUUAAAAUGACCUAUAAUUACAUCUCAAAAUGAUUUUUGCUUUUUAUUUUGUAGAAAGAAUGCAUUCCUGCUACUGAAACUGGCUUAUUUCAUCUUUAGGCAAUUAAAAUAGUCUCGGUGUGAUGUACUGAGAAAGCUUAGGAAAACAUACUUGUUAUUAUAGCUCUGAACUAUGAAGAUAUUAAAAGGUUUGGCUUAAAUGCAGGGGUUUUAUCUGUUGGUUAAUAUCUGCUGUCAGUAUUGAAGGUUUAUUAUUUGUUGAAAGAACAAAUUGAAGUAAAGCAAUCGAUCUGUAGCA